AUGAGAAAAUAAUAAUAAGAAGAAACAGAAGAAGACUAAGCAUCUCUAUUACCUAUAAAAAAUCAUAUAAAAAGAAUUGAAGUAGAUAUUUUGAUUAAGUUUAAUAAAAGGAAAUGUUAUUGCAAUUAAAUAAUGAUCUUGUAAAUGAUGCUAAGGAUAUUGAUAAGAAUAGACAAGAUAUUCGUAAUUUAGGAGAAGCAUAAAAUAAAGAAAGAACAGAAUUACAUAACUCAUUACUCGAUCAUUGUCAUAAAAUUGUAACUGAUAUGCGAGAAUUAAAUUAGCAAUCAAAAAGUGAAACAUAUAAUCUUAAAUAAUAAGUAAUAAUAUAUUUUAUAUAAAGCUUUCAUGCCUUAAUCAAGAUAAGAUAAGAUUAUAAUAAAAUUUAAUUGUACUCGAAAACAAAGUAAUAGAAACUGAUAAAGACAUUGGCUUUAAGCGUAGAAAUUAAUAAUUAAAUAAAAAAAAAUGA